UCGGAGACGCCUCUAAUGCUUAUGCUGCUUUUGGGUGCGUAUAUCGUUAGUCUAGACGAAUACCUGGAUCAAGGAGCACGUACACGUCUCUGGCGGCGAUAACAAAAUGCUCAAACUGAGCCGGAGAUGGGUCAACAUACAAGAUGUGAGGCUGAUGGCGAAACGCAGCAAGUCCUACGACGCCGUCAUCAUCGGAGGAGGUCACAACGGUUUGGUGUCGGCGUGCUACCUGCAAAUUUCAGGUGCGAAGGUGUGCGUGCUGGAGCGCCGGUCUAUCGUCGGCGGUGCCGCUGUCACCGAGGAAAUUGUGCCCGGCUUCAAGUUUUCAAGGGCCUCGUACGUGCUCAGCCUUCUAAGGCCAGAAAUCAUUAGAGAUUUGGAGUUGAAGAAGCACGGUCUAAAGGUGCAUUUAAGAAAUCCCUCGUCGUACACGCCGAUCCACGACAGCCUGUGGGCCAAAUAUCCUGCCAGGUCACUGACCCUGAGCAGCAGUGAGGAAUUCAAUCAAAAGCAAAUAGCGCAAUUUUCUAAAAACGAUGCAGAGGCUUAUCCUAAAUACGAAAAAUACCUGGAGAGAAUGGUCGAAGCGAUUGAGCCACUUUUGGACUUGCCAGCGUCUUCAGUUAACAGACUUUUAAACGGUGACCAAAGCGUUUUGAAAAAGGCAUGGAGCGUAUAUAGAAAUAAGAGAAUCCUCAAGGCAGCAAAUUCCCUGAUAAAUCUCGGUGGUGAUCUGAACAAGUUCCUCGAGCUCAUGACCGCGCCGGCCACCAAAAUCCUGGACAGAUGGUUUGAGUCGGAGCCCCUGAAGGCAACUCUAGCUACGGACGCUGUGAUAGGAGCCUUUGCCAGCCCCAGCAACCCCGGAACCAGUUAUGUCCUGCUGCACCACGUGAUGGGUGAGCUGGAGGGCGUGAAAGGCGCCUGGGGCUACCCCGAGGGGGGCAUGGGGGCGGUCACCCAAGCCAUGGCCUCCAAGGCGAAGUCCCUCGGCGUCGACAUCUUCACCGACACGGAGGUGAAGGAAAUCAUUUGGGACGAGCACAAUGGUGCCCAGGGGGUAGCAACAACUAAGGGAGAAGAGUUCAAAGCGAAACUGGUCCUUUCCAACGCCACCCCAGAGGUGACCUUCAUGCGACUUUUACCAAAAGAAUCCCUUGGUGAAGAGUUCAGGAUGGCCGUGCAGAGCAUUGAUUACGAGUCGCCGGUCACCAAGAUAAACGUUGCCGUGAAGGAGCUUCCCAACUUUCUAGCCGACCCAACGCGUGACCAGGGGGUGGCAGGACCCCACCACCAAACGACUAUCCACUUGAACUGUGAGAGCACCGAUCUCCUUCAGAAUGCUUACUCAGACGCUAGAGAGGGGCUCAUUUCUAGAAGGCCUAUGCUAGAGAUGGUAAUUCCGUCCACUCUGGACAAGACCAUCGCACCACCAGGAUGUCACGUGUGCCUGAUCUUCUCGCAAUUCACUCCAUACCACUUGAAAGAUGGCAGAGUAUGGAGCGAGGAAACAAAGGACUCAUACGCGAAACAGGUGUUUAAUAAUAUUGAUGAAUACGCGCCCGGUUUCUCGUCGAGUAUCAUUGGCUUCGAGGUGCUGUCGCCACCUGACCUGGAGAAAACCUUUGGACUGACAGGAGGGAAUAUUUUCCACGGUGCUUUAUCCCUGGACCAACUCUUCACUCUGAGGGUUGGAGGCGGAUUUGGCCCCUCGGCCCCGGAGACCCCUGUGAAGAAUCUGCUCUUGUGCGGAAGCGGAGGACACCCAGGUGGAGGCGUUAUGGGCGCCCCUGGCAAAUUAGCGGCGGAGGAAGCCAUACGAUUACUCAAAUGACAGAUAUUUUAAGAGGAGGAGUGAAAAUCUGUGCUAUUCAACUAUUCAAUAAAAUUUUAAUGAUUAUGUUACAAUAAAUAACACAUGCUUCAAAGCUAGCGAAAAACAGAAAGCGA